AUGAUAGUGUCGUCACCUGACACCGAAGCUAUCUCCACUGUCCUUCACGCCUACGGGGCGGCUCUAAAAGCCCGGAAUGUGGAGGAGGUACUGGCACUUUACACCAAAGAUGGUGUCAUUAUGCCUCCGCAUUUCCCGGCGAGUGCGGGCGUCGACUCUCUACGCGCAUCGUAUACGCGCAUUUUCUCAACAAUUGAGCUGGUCAUCACUUUCCAAAUCGAGGAAAUUGUUAUGAUGUCUCCAGAGUGGGGGUUCGCCAGGACGACGGCUGAGGGUACCAAAACGAUACUCGCCCUGAACGAGUCGGAGCCACACGCGAACCAGGAAUUGUUCAUCAUGAAGAAGGAAAAUGGCAAGUGGGUGAUUGCUAGAUAUGCCUUCUCAACCAUGAAACCGCUGGUUCAGCACGGGAUCCAGAGGAGCUGA